UCUGGCUUUGUGGGAGUGAUUGUCACUCGUUUAAUGAGCUUCUUUGCCAGGCGAGAGGCUUUGGCAACAUAUGUCUCCCCAGUCGCCUCUCUCGCUCCGCUAGUACCGGGUCUGCUGUGGUGGACGUUUCUCUGGAUUUUCUUCUCUUUCUCAAGCCUGUGGGAUUAGACAGAGCAAAAAAGGAAGGGUUUGUCUGUAUUUCCGAGGACGAGCGGACUAGAAUGAAGCAGAUUCCUGUAGCAAGACCACAGCCUGGGUUGGAGUGAGAUGCACUGACUCCUGGCAGACUGCAGCUUUCCCUGUCAUCCUCCGCUCUUGCCUCUGAAACUGUGGCCAGUCAUGCGGUUGUUACGGAAAAUCCUGCUUCUUUUGGCUGCUUGCCUCAAUAUGAGCAGCAGGUAUCAAACUAACGCCCUGGAAAUUCCACUUGAUGUUUUAGAGCGCAUGAACAUGGAGCAGCUGCCCACAAUUACAGAGUACUCUCCUGCCUCGCUCAUCGCCUUCCCUUUCGAAGAGAGCUUCCCUGUGAAGUGUGAGGCCACAGGAAACCCUGAACCAGAAUUCAGGUGGACAAAGAACGGCCAAGACUUUGAUCCGUAUCAGGACACCAGAUUGAUAACAUUAGAUGAUUCCGGAACAUUCAUCAUUCCCAAUACCGGAAAUCUCACUGAAUUCCAGGGCAAUUAUCGCUGUUUUGCCACCAACAAGUUGGGGACAGCCAUGUCAGAAGAAAUUGAGUUCAUUAUUCCUAAUGUCCCGAAGUUCCCCAAAGAGAUCAUUGAUCCGAUUGAGGUUAUGGAAGGUCAGUCAGUCAUUCUAGAAUGUAAUCCACCUAAAGGGAUCCCUCCAUUGCAAAUCUACUGGAUGACAAUAAGUCUACAGCACAUCGAGCAGGACGAAAGAGUGUCAGUGGGUCUGAAUGGAAACCUGUACUUCUCAAACACCAUUGAAACCGACAGCCGCAGAGACUAUUGCUGCUUUGCUGCCUUCCCUCGCAUCCGAACCAUCGUCCAGAAAACCGCCAUGUCCAUGGUGGUCAAAAGCAACAAGUUAAUGAAGGACUCAAGCUCUGGUAGCGGCAGAGGUUAUGCAAACUCCCUGUUGGAGAGGAAGCCCAGCCUGCUGGCGCCUACAGGAAUGGAGUCACACACACGCCUGGUGAAAGGUGAAGAUCUUCAGUUGGAGUGUAUAGCAGAGGGAUUCCCCACGCCAAAGGUGGAAUGGGUUAAAAUAGGCUUCAACAAGCUUCCGGAAAGGGUUGUGGUGGAGAGUCAUGGGAAGCUGCUCACUGUAGAGAUGGUGAAUGAGGAGGAUGAAGGCAAAUAUAUGUGCAGAGCCAAAAAUCCCCAUGGAGAGGUGGUGCAUCAUUUUCAUGUGACAGUAGAGGAGCCUCCUGAGUUUGAGAUUGAACCUCAAAGCCAACUGGUGACGAUUGGAGCUGAUGUGGUGAUCAAGUGUGUCGUGAAAGGAAAUCCUCAACCUACUGUAGGAUGGAGAGUCAAUGGACAGCCACUGAACGAGGUCCCAACUUCCAACAGGAAGAUCUUGAAAGAUGGCACAAUUUCCAUCCACAAUGCAAACCCAGAAAACAGUGCUGUUUACCAGUGCGAGGCAACCAACAAACACGGCACCAUCCUGGCCAAUGCCAACAUCAUGAUUAUGAACAUCCAGCCGCUGAUCUUAACAGAAAACAAUCUGCAAUAUAUGGCGGUGGAGGGGAAAAGUGUGGUCAUGCACUGCAAGGUCUUCAGCUCUCCAGCCUCCAGCAUUACGUGGAGUAAAGCUGACAGUGCAAAUGCAGUGGAAGGAGAACGGUUUACUGUUCUCCAGAAUGGUUCGCUGGAGAUCCACAACGUGAUGAAAGAGGACAUGGGAGAGUAUUCUUGCUUUGCUCAAAACACCGAAGGCAAAGUUGCCAUUGCUGCAACACUUGAAGUCAAAGAUCCCACCAGAAUAGUCGAUCCUCCACGUGAUUUGCGGGUUUUGGCAGGCACCACUAUUCAGUUUUCAUGCCAGCCAGAGUUUGAUCCCUCUUUCGGUGAUGACUUUGAAGUCCUGUGGGAAAAAGAUGGCAUUGCCCUCAACGGCAGCGAGGAUGGAAGAUAUAUCCUGGAAGACGGAGUGCUGGAGAUCAUUAAUGUGAGUUUUGGAGACCAAGGCUUUUACGCGUGUGUGGCCAGAACGCCUGUCGACCAAGACGUUGCAGUGGCACAGCUUUCAGUCGUGGAUGUUCCUGAUCCACCAGAGGAUGUGAUACUGUCUGAACAUAAUGGCCGAAGUGUGAAACUGCAGUGGACUCCGGGAGAUGACCAUAAUAGCUCCAUUACUGAGUUUGUUCUAGAGUUUGAGGAAAGCCAACAUGAGCCGGGCAGCUGGAGGGAGAUGAUGAGAGUCCCAGGAAACCAUCACUCAGCUCUGCUGAAGCUUUACGGACACGUGGACUACUGCUUCAGAGUCUCUGCCAUCAACGAGGUGGGCAAAGGUCGCCCAAGCCAGUCCACUGAAAGAUACAAAACUCCAGCAUCAGCACCCGACAAGAACCCAGAAAAUAUCAAGAUCGAAGCUCAUUUGCCACAUGAAAUGGAUAUCAACUGGGAGCCCUUGUCACCUAUUGAGCACAACGGGCCUGGUCUGGAGUACAAAGUGAGCUACAGGAGACAUGGCAGCGAUGAAGACUGGACGGAGCGCAUGGUGAAGAGGCACUCGUUUCUGGUCAAAAACACCCCGACGUUCGUCCUUUACGAGAUCAAAAUUCAGGCCAAGAACCACGCGGGCUGGGGUCCGGACCCUAAAAUAAUAACAGCGUACUCGGGAGAGGAUUUCCCCUCAGCAGCUCCAGAUGAUGUAGCCGUAGAAGUUUUGAACAACACUAUGGUGAAGGUCAGAUGGGAACACGUUCACAAGGAAAAAAUCCAUGGACAUCUGGGUGGCUACAGGGUGAGCUGGUGGAGGCUUCGUAGUCUGCUGGACUCAAAGAAAACACACGGCGACAAGCACACAUUGACAUUCUCAGGCGAGAGGAACCAUGCGGUGGUCACAGGGCUUAAGCCGUUCUCCGAAUACAGCCUCAUUGUCAUGGCCUUUAACAGCAGAGGAAACGGUCCUGGCAGUCAUUCGGUCAACUUCAAAACCCCUGAGGGAGUUCCUGGUCAAGCAGCUGCUUUCAGUGCUACAAACAUCCAGAAGCACAAGGUCACCUUGACCUGGUCUCCUCCGGUUGACGCAAAUGGAGUCCUAAUUGGCUACAUCCUCCAAUAUCAGCUAAUAAACAACACAGAGGAACUAGGCCCUCUGAUGACGCUCAACAUCUCCGCCGACAGCAAUAAGCAGCACCUUGAAGACCUGGAAGCCCUGAGCAAAUACAAAUUUUACCUUCGGUGUUGCACGCGGGUGGGCUGCGGUCCUGCGGUCAGCGAGGAGCGCACCACCAUCCCUGAAGCCACUUCAACAGAUGUGGCCUCUUUCAACAUCAGAAAAUCCAGCUCACGAUUUCCUCCAAGAAAAACCACUGUUUCCCCUGUGGCUAAUGCUACUCUUUCUUCUAUAGGUCUGGCCAGCAUUCAUGGAAGCAUCUCAAACCAGGGAUGGUUCAUCGGACUCAUGUGUGCCAUAGCACUUCUCACCCUCAUCGUGCUCAUAGCAUGCUUUGUCAACCGAAAUAAAGGCGGAAAAUACUCAGUAAAAGAGAAAGAAGACCUGCACCCUGACCUGGAGUCCCAGGGCAUAAAUGACGACACCUUCUGUGAAUACAGUGAUAAUGAUGAGAAACCACUGAAAAGCAGCCAGCAUUCAUUGAAUGGCGACUUGAAAGGAGGAGACAGCGGAGACAGCAUGGUGGACUACUGUGAUGAGGACGCUCACUUCAACGAGGACGGCUCUUUUAUCGGAGAAUACUCUGGACGCAAGGACAGGGCCUCCAUGGAAAUCAAGGGAAACAAUCAGAGCACAGCGUAAUGGACCACGGACAAUUUAUUUGUUGGACAAGCUCUCACAAAAGGUCAGUCAAAAGGAAGCGGAGGGAAAAAAAGUGUGGCGUAACAGCACCCGAAGGACAUUUUUGCAAUUAAUGUGUUAUUGUCAAAUCCUCAGUCAUACUCACAUCAUUUUUACAGGGCUUAGUUUUUUUUUUUUUUUUCUGCGUGCUGUUACUGAUCAAUCAUGUCAGUUGUGUAUACUUUUGUGAGGUGUUUUUGUAUUAAAUCUUUGCAAAUCAUUGGUGACUGUGGGGAAAGUUCUGCUUUCAACGUCAUCAUGUAGCCAAGCCAGUUUUUCUGUCAGGGUAUAUGAACUUUGUAUUUUUAUUUUCAUUCCAGGCAAAUAUUAUUGACAUUUUAUAUUUCAGAUACUGUAUACUGUGCGUUCAUUAAAUGUGGGUUAUUAUGUGUACAAAAGGAGUUGUAGCUUAAAUAAUCAUAAGUUCUGUUGAAAUCCAAAAAAAAGAAAGAAAGCAUAAGGCGAUGUAAGGGUUUACAAUUAGUGUAAAAUGCUUUGAUGAACAGUUUCACGUUGAGCUAUACUAACAAGCUUAAUAGCCAUAUUCAGCACCACAUAAACCCUACAGUACAUCUGCUGCUGUUUUAACCCUUUACAUACAGUAUAAUACAGUAUUUUAUCAAAAAGACACCUAAUAUUCAUACAUUUAAAGAAAAAAAUGCCUCAAUUGCCUUAUAAUGACUUUGAAUCUGGUCAUGUAAGUAUGAUGUAACAAUGGGGUAUAUGCACACUGAGUUUUAAUUUCUGCCAGCCAGCCUCAGCGAUUACGGUGAACUGUCUUUACUUAUAAAAUAGCCACGUUUAAGGUCUGAUUUUAAAAAAAAAUCUGUGAUCUUCACUGUCUGGGAGAUAUACGAUAUGAAGAGGGUCUCAGACCGGACAAGAAGCAUUGCAUUCAAUUUAAUUUUCCCUUUCCAUGUCUUUAAAAUAUGUCAAAUUUAUUUUACUCCAGUAUUUUCAAUGGAGUUUCUGCAUUAGCCAGCUGAUACUGAUGGUGUGUCACAGAUGUUUUCAUACUGCAUGACUAUCUGGGGUAGCAUUCUGUUGGUGCUGUGUUUACAUCGUAGGAUGCAUCAGCGACAGGGGGUUUCACACUGCAUGACUUUACAAUAGGAGGAAUCGCUGAUGACUUUGUCCAAACUACGUCUUACAACCAAACACACGCGAGAAGUGACAUGGAAACAACGUGAGGUCACACAGUAUAUCUUGUGUUAUUAACUACAUAAUGAGAAAGAAGCCUAUUGUGGGGUAGCAAAUGUACUUAUUUUGCUCAUCUGGCUUUAAAGGGAAUUAGUAAUUUCACCUCAACUUUUUUUCUUUAUUGACCCAGUGUUGGGGAGGUUACUGUGGAAAUGUAAUAGAUUACAGAUUACAAAUUACCCUAUUUAAAAUGUAAUAAGUAGUGUACCUUUUCAAUUACUUUAUAAAAGUAAAGUAACUGAUUACAUCUGAUUACUUUUUGAUUACAUUUAAGUUUCUAAUGGAUAUUUUCAACUAAAUAAUUUUUAAGCAUUUAUACAAAGCAGGUGUGACCUUACAGUAGCACUCUGUUUACUUUUAGAAUUUCAAAAUCUUUCAUCACUUAAAUUAAGAUUAUAUUAAUUUAAUUUUAAAGUACAACCACCACAAAACCAGACCUUAUAACAAAAAAAAUUGUGGCAUUUGCAAUAAAAAAUACAUCUAAGCUAUUUUUGCAAUUUUUAUUUUUAAAUUAAAGCAACUUAAAUCCAAGUCAAUCAUAUCUUAUUGAUCACAAGCUGUCAAUGAAACAUAUGAGGCAUAAUUGUUCAGUUUAAUUAUUUACUGCAAAUAAUAUGCUGUACUAAAAAGAAAAAAAUUAUAGUAUAUAACACCAAAAACUAAAAAAUCCAAUAAAACCAGGUGUUACACAUUUAAAAGACUAUAGUAAUUUACAGUAAAGAGAAAUAUUUAGGAAUGAGCAUUAUAUUGUAUAUAUAUUUACAACUCUUCAUUAUUAAAUUACACUACAUAAUGUAGUAUCAUUAGUAACUAUCAUGAGCUAAUAUACUUUAGCCUUUACCACAGUAAACUAUAUAUAUAUAGAUCCCUCUCCCUCAGUCAUCUUUCAAUCAAGCAAAUUUCUCGUGUUAGCCUCUCGACUUGAGCGAGAGGUGGCAGUAACACACCAAAAAGUUUGUUGUCGACCACCAAACAACAGGUAGAAGAAAAUAAUAUUCAUUCUCACCUUCAUAUGGCUUUAUUUUCAUCGGCUACAGACCGCGAUCGGUAAAUGUAGUUUGUGUGGACGCUACUGCUCUACUUGACUAAUAAAAUAGCUUCGCUACUGAAGAGCUAUUUGAUUUAGAAUGUAGCGACGCUACCACCCCGCUACUGAGAAAUGUAGUUAUAGCAGAAUAGCUCCGCUUUAAUAAAUGGCCAUAGCAGAAGGCAUUGUGCAUAUCAAAAACAGGCAAAGCAACAGAUUAAUAUUAACAUAUUCAACAUAUCCCAGAUUUUUAAAGAAAAUUUUACAUGUAGCCCCAUUUGUAAUUUUUGACAUUUUCAUAAGUAACUAAUGUAAUUACGCAUUUUGUUUCUCAGUAACUGUAACAAAUUACAGUUACAUUCAUUUUGUAAUUAAAUUACGUAACGCCAUUACAUGUAACUAGUUACUCCCCAACACUACAUCAAACAGACACGGGUGCUUCUGCCAAAUUUCCACUCUUUUCCCUCCAUUUCUUGGGUCCUGAGAUUGAGCACUUUUAACUUCUCCCCAAUCUACUGCUGACCUGCAGAUACUUAUGCUAGUGGAUGCUGCUCUCUCAUUGGCUGUCGGUUUUCAAUUAAAACACAUUUCACAGGCAUGAUUUGAAUCGCCGACAGCUCUAGAUAUAUAGCAUGCCAAAUAUCUCACGGGUAUCGGCGACUCCUCUGUGAUUCUCUCAGAUCGUGUCUUUGAUAGUUCACACUGUGUGAUUGUUACUCUCGUGAACAAGCACCGAUUUGCCUGUGAUUUCAGGCAUUUGCCGGAUAUUUCUCAAAACCUGUCGGCGAAAAAUCUUGGCUGAAACAAAGCAGUUUGAACUCGGCGUAAGUCUAUUUAACUGAAUGUAUUUGAAUUACAUUACAACAUCGAUGCUGUAAGAGGAACCUUAUGAAAUUAAGAAUAGCUUUCACUGGAAGUUUAUUAGUGGCUGAAAAACACUAGCUGUGCAUAUACCCCAUUCUCAUGGAUUCCGUGAUACAGGGUUGGAAUUCUAAAAAUUCCACAUUGGCAUCCUUUGAAAUAAUUCUCUUCACAAACGGACAGUUCUGAAAGCCAACAAAUCUUGUUUGGACAUUUCUGUAUGUUUUUUGCAAUGGCUCCACAUAUAGAGUCAAAGCCAGAUUCUGUACAAUGUUUCUGUGAAUUCUGUUUGCAUGUUGAAAGAGGUCUGUGUGCAGAUUUGACAUUAAAUUGUAUCAUUUCUUUCUUCCUCCUGGG